AUGAGGAAAAAGCCGAAUAUUCUCAAGGCGGAGCUUCCCAAAGCACCCAUGGGAAGGAGACCCAUUGGAUAUCGAGGUAAUCACCAGCAUGGAAAAGCACUCAAUGAUCCUGUAUAUCCCACGACAAAGAUUCCCUCUAGUUUGAUUCCACGAUAUCCAAUAGAUUGGAGGAAUGGUGGUAGAUUCCUUUUGUGUGUUGGAUUAAGAAGAAUAGAAAAUCGAAUUAUAAAAAAAAUGAAGGAAAGUCAAAUGUUCAAUUUUCCAGAAUGUAAUACUUGCAAUCAUGAUUGUAUAUCACAUUACAAUCGAUGUUUAUGUGCAUGGUUUUGCAAAUACCAAUUUAGUCACAUGUACAAAUGUGAUUAUUUGUUGAUGCAAUAUAAGGGAGAAACAAAAACAGAAAAACCACUUUUUUCUGUUCCUAAAUGGGUUGCGAAAAAAAAUAGUAAACAAAGUGUCGAAUAUGUAUAUAAUGAAAAGGAACAACAAUUUGAAAAUAUGAAAACAGAGGACAACAUAUAUAAAAAAUUUUAUGAAAAGCUUCAACAUAGAGAUGAUUCCUUUGCCCAUGAUAUCUACACUAAUAGUGAUCACCAUGGGGAAGGAAACUUUUCAAGUUCGGAUUCAGAUAUAACUGACAGUGACGAAGAAGACAUAUAUGGGGUUGCAGGUUUGUAG